AUGAAGUCCUCAUCAGCACUCACCGCUACUCAGCCAGCAAAUUCGUCUGCGACGAUUCAGCCUUCUCCGCUUACUACCACACAACCACUUGCACUCACUCUCAUAACAUCAGCGAUGUCUUACUCCACCACACCCGCAUUCUCCCUCUUCCCCACCGCCACCACUUUACCCAACGCGUUCAGCAUGUUCGGCACAUCGCAGUCCCCCCGCGAAACGUACGUGAUGUACGACGACCUCUGCCAUGCGCUCAGGCCCUCGGGCGGGGCCGCAGUCCCAAAGAGGAAAUGCAGCUCCUUCUCUAUGGGAUUGAAGAAGAUUUUCAGGGUGUAG